UUAUCACUUAGCUAUGAUGAUUUACCCUCUCAUCUGAAGAGUUGUCUAUUGUAUUUAAGUAUAUUUCCAAAAGAUUACAAAGUUGAGAGGGAUCGAUUGAUAAGGACAUGGAUUGCUGAAAGUCUUAUCCAAAGCCGAAGGGGACUUAGCCUAUUUGAGGUUGGAGAAAGUUACUUCAAUGAGCUCGUAAACAGAAGCAUGAUUGAGCCAAUAAACACUAAUUGGGAAGGCAGGGUGGAAUUUUGUCGUGUGCAUGGUAUUGUGCUUGAUUUUAUUUGUUACUUGUCAAGUGAAGAUAACUUUGUUACUGUAUUGGGUGAGCAAAGCACAUCUACGCCACAAAGCAAAAUUCGGAGAUUAUCCCUUCAAAAUGGUUUGGCGGAGCCCAUUACUCACAGGCUGGCUACUACAAGUAUGUUACAAGUGAGGUCUGUUACUGUUUUUGGUCCUGCUGUUAAUGUGAUGCCAUCUCUUUCAUGCUUUCGAGCUUUGCGGGUACUGGAUUUGGAAGAUUCUGAUCUUGUUGAAAGUUACCUCAAGAUUAAUCUUAUUUGUGUUGGAAAUUUAUUCCACCUGAGGUACCUUGGGCUAAAAGAUGUGAACGUUGGUGAGCUCCUCAUGGAACUAGGAAAGUUACGGUUUCUGCAGACAUUAUGUGUAAGAGGAGAUGGUACAAAAGAAUUACCACCAAGUGCCAUUAAGCUAAGACUUUCUUUGGUGGAGUCACUCAGCAAUCUGCACGAGCUGCAAAGUUUGAAGAUUGAGAGUUGGGGUGCACACAUCGAUCUAAUGCAGGAAGGAUGGAACCCCCCUCGAAAUCUGUGUAGAUUUGAGUCUUGUGGGGACUCGUUCUCGACAAUGCCUAGGUGGAUCAAUCCUUCUUCACUUCCCACCCUCUCACAUCUUGUGAUAUAUGUGGAUAAAGUGCAAUCUGAUGAUAUUCAGAUUCUGGGGGAGCUGCCAGCUCUUUGUUCUAUCUUAAAUGUGACUGGCUGCAUAGAAAAAGCGAAUGUGGAAGGUUUCAUGGUUAGCCCUGAUGCAUUCCCAUCUCUCAGAGAGUGCUGUUUCAACAAUUUUGUGACAGUGCCAUCUAUGUUCCCGGGAGGAGCUAUGCCAAGGCUUCGAUUCCUUCGAUUCAGUUUACGAGCAUGUGACAUCGUCAGCAGCAACUUGGACUUCGGGAUGGGGCAUCUUCCUUCACAUGAGCGAGUCCAUGUGGACCUUUGGUGUCAGGAAGCCAGCACAACAGAAGUUAAGGAAAUUGAGGCCGCGCUGAGGUGCGCAGCAGAAACCCAUCCUAAUAGUCCCGCCAUUGAUAUCCACUUUGGUGGCAGGGAGCCAGCACUAUAGAGGAUGCCCGGAUUUCAAAAGUGUAGCCCUGAGGGCAUGCAGCAGAUACCCAUGACCGAUCCAUGAUCCAUUCUAUUACUAUGGUCUUA